ACAAAGAAACAGGAUUUGCUGGCGGAAGCAGUUUUAUCAGUCCGCUUCCACGCCUGCGCAUGCGUCGUGUCGAACGGACACAGAAACUCGGUGUCUUCUCAUAUUCAUUUUCACACUCACACUCACUGUGUUUCUGCUCCUCCAAAUCAGAAGUUUCCGUGUUUAUAAUUGCUGUUUUUAUUACCUGCUAUAAUAGGAAGGAAAUAGAUCAAUAGCAGGUCCCUUCGUUCUCCUUGGGGCCUUGGCGCUGCAGUUAGUGUCGGGCAGAAACGGAAGGAGCACUGCCUCGUGUCUUGCAUUAUCACACGACAUUCUAGAUAAUCGGACUCCCCAUGCUCAGCGAAUACGAAGGAGAGCCGCGCACCCUGCGGGCUUAUGCAUCAGGAGGCGGGUCUAUGUGCCUGGAGCUCACAGUCUCCGGAGAUGAAACUGCAUAUCCGUUCGAGCUGAUCCAGGAAAGUGCGAAUUACCUGCUGGCGGGGACCAAACACAGACCCAAGAUUGGCGUCAUCUGCGGAUCUGGUUUGGGUGGACUGGCUGACCAACUGGGCGACCGAGAUGUCUUCCCCUACGAGGACAUCCCCAACUUCCCCGUGUCGACAGUCAAGGGACACGCAGGCAGGAUGGUGAUCGGCCUACUCUCCGGGGUGCCCGUCAUGUGCAUGCAGGGCCGCUUCCACGCCUAUGAGGGCUACCCGCUGUGGAAGUGCGCCAUGCCGGUGCGAGUGAUGAAGCUGAUGGGCGUGGAGCAGGUCAUCAUCACCAACGCCGCCGGCGGACUCAACCCGGAGUUCAAAGUCGGUGACAUCAUGAUCAUUAAAGAUCAUAUCAACAUGCAGGGCUUCGCCGGAGACUCGCCUCUGCGAGGGCGCAACGAUGAGCGCUUCGGGCCUCGGUUCCCGGCCAUGAACAACGCCUACGACAAGGACCUGCGCUCCAUGGCCAAAAAGAUCGCUCAUGGCAUGAAUCUCUCCAACGUAGUGCGCGAGGGCGUCUACGUGAUGCUCGGGGGGCCCACCUACGAGACGGUGGCGGAGCUGAAGCUGCUCAGAAUUCUUGGAGUCGACGCCGUGGGCAUGAGCACCGUUCCGGAGGUUGUUGUGGCACGACACUGCGGCAUGAAAGUGUUCGCGUUCUCGCUGAUCACCAACGAAUGCAUCACCGAGUAUGAGACAGACGCAGAGGCUAACCACGAAGAGGUUAUUGACGUGGCCAACAAGCGCAAGAGCGACCUGCAAGAACUAGCACGCAGAAUAAUCGUAUCUAUGAAUGAAGACUGCCAGGAGAAUUAAAGGAGUGAAAGUGUUAAGUCAUUUUGCUAUGGAACGAUAAGACAUGAAAUCCCUCUCUCUACCUUUCGAUCUUUCUGUUUAUCCAUCUCUCUAUUCAUCUGUCUACUAUCUAUCUAUCUAUCUUUGAAUCCGUCUGUAUAUCAGUAUUUCGUAUAUCUUUUCUUCGAUCCACGCAGGCAACAAUGUCCGAGAAGUUCAAGCGGCAUCCGUUUCCUUGCGAUCGGCUUCGUCUUGCACCAUUAUUGCCAUAAUAACAUAUUAGUCUUAUAUCAUUGUGUGAUGCUUACAAAUGUAGUUUUAAGGUGUUUAUAGUUUGUUGAAGCACGGAUGUUUCCCGUGCAAAGUUGGGUUUAUACUUUUUUAUAUGUGCAAUGUGAUCUUGGAGUCAAAAUUGUGAAAGUAAUUUAUAUUAUUGGAUACAUGUUUAGAUCAAAAUAAGUAAACAGUUUUGUUGUUCUAUUAUUGGAAUUAGAUCUGUAAUAAUAUCUGAACCGAAUUAAUCAGAUGUAUAUUUUUGCAUAUUUUUUUCUUAUAUUUUACAUAUAUCAGGUAUUGACUGCAGGAUAAGCGAAGAUGUUUAAUAUUUUGGAUAUAGUGCGCAAUACAUUAAAUACUUUGUUGAUGAAAAUGAAAGGAGCUACGUUUUAAUCAUUGUGUGAACAUCACCGUGAGGAUAUAGCUUGAUUAUACACUAUUUUAAUUGAUUUUACUGAAUUGUGGAACUAGUGAAUUUUGUAACUAUAGAUGCAUUAUCAAGUGCUUCCAUCUACUCGAUUUUAGUGUAUUUUGCUGGAAAUAUUUUCCAAAGUGCCUGUACUACAUUUAUAUAAUUAUGCUGUUACUGAUUUUCAAUUCAUCUAAAAUGCAUUCUAGAAAUACUUACAUGCAGGUAAUAGGCGUUUCAUUUUAGAUUUAGCCAUAUUUUUAUAAUUGGUUUCUCUUUUCCAAUGUCAUAAAAAGUCAGUAUACUUUUAAUCAUCCACUUUUAUGCACGGUGUCUGGAUAUGUUCCACCACAAUGCUUCAGGAUGGUGCUCUUUCACUGCAGAACAUUUGCCUGCAUUUUCCUCUAGAUGCGCAGUGAAAAGGUCAGUUGCAAUGAAUUGUUGCAGUAGACUGACGCCUACCACUGAUGUCACUGUGAAUGUCAUAGUUAUUUUUUUCUUUCUUAAUUACCAGAAUCAUAUAAACCAUUUCCUAUUUCAUUAAUAAUAUCCAUCUGUUUUUAAAUACAUUCCAAUGACAAAUUUCUAUAAAUGUGUUUACUAUUUAGUGAAAUUCUGCCUCUAUGCCCCUAGUUAUUUAAACAGACAUUGCAUUAUUUUUUAUAGUUUUAACAAUGAAAAAGACAAUGCGCAGCAUGAUAAUUCAGUAUUGCAAUAAAAUGUAUAUAAACCAA